UCUUAUUAAUAGUGAAGAUUUUUGUACGACUCUCAGUUACUAAAAUACCUUGUUCAACUACGUGAUGCUUUUGAAAACGACACAGAUCCUCCAUCUUUUGUUUUUGAAAGAACUUAUUUAUACGAUCCUUUUAUCAUAACGUCUAAGAUUCUUUCCGAAAAAUAGAAUAAGUUCAGCCUCCCCAAACCUUCACUAUUCAAAUUUAGGGGAGGCUUGAGCCUCCCGAAGCCUAAUGGUUCCGCCGCCUAUGUAUUGGCAUGAUUCACUAUUUUGUAGUCAUGGUUGAAUGCACUUCCUAUCGAUAGUUGGAAAUUUUUUGUCAACACGAGCGCAUAUGACGCAGAUUGGAAUGUUAAGAGCAUCAAUUGUAAGACUAAGUAGAAUAAUUAGGAAGUGACACAUUUUUCAAAUGAAUGUUAACAUUAGCUAGAAUUCACUAUUAUAUAGGCAUAGAGAUAAUUUCUGUUUAAAAAAGAUAAUGACCGUGGGUAUUUUUGCAUUAACUCAAGGACAGAAGGAGCUAUAGACCUGUGCUUUUCACGAGUCGAAACAGAAAACAUCGGGCGUCUUUUUCUCCAAUAUUAUAUAAAACGAAAUUAUUUUAUAAUCAACUAUUUUUACAAAAUAUCUAAGAAAUGUAUGAAAAUGAUCAGUCGUUUAGAUCAUAUUAUUUCGACAACAAGUAGGAUAAUUUGCUUAAAAAUUAAGAGAAAUCUAUAUUUUUCGAGGGUCUAAGUAGAUAAUUUUAUUGGGUUAACAUUAGGGUUUCUAAAGAUACUCAUUUGAAUUAUCUCUUAAACUAUGCAUCGGAUGUCCUUCUAUCUAAAUCACACAUGAAAACCAAAAUUUCAUCCGAAUGUCAAACUAUUUUCUUGCAUUUUUUUGAAAUGUUCUGCAGAAAUAAUUGAUAUUAAAAUGAUUUCGUAUUGUAUAAUAUUAUUCCAAUAAAUGUUCAUGGUCAUUAUUUUGUCCGCAGGCAGUAGUAAGUGUGUCUUUUCAAUUUUUUUUGCUUACAAGCCGUUUCUGUCAUCAAUUGUCUUUAUUACCAGUUCUAAUUCUUUAAUUUAAACAGUGUUAUCUGGUUAAUCGGUCUGUUAAACACAAGACUUUACAAUUUUGUCGUUUUUUCCUUACUUGAACACGAAAUCGCUCUAUUUGUAAACAAAAUUUAUAUUGAAAAAAAAUCAAGAAAGUUGUUUCGCAAGACAAGAUUUACAAAUAGGCAAUUCCCAUUCACUUUCAACACCACGCUAUUGUGCAAAUUUUCGUACAAAUGAUGGAAAGAUAUUUAAAUUAUCGUAUCGUGCUUUGGUUGAUCAUAUUGUAUUGUUACGUUUAGUUACUGCACAUCCCGAAAUAACGGAGCCAGGAGAAACAUUGAAUUAUUUCAUUGAAGAUUAUUGUCGACGUAUGGCUCGUCAAGAAAUGAAUACUAGACAUCAACAACGGGCACUUCCAUGGCAAAUUGAGUGGAUCUGGCAUGUUCACCGUCUUCAUCCGGUUGCGUAUAAUGACGAUUGUACUAAGCAAUUGUCGAGUCGUCAAGUGGUCGAUAAAAAAUACAGAAGGGUAAGAAUGAAAGAGCAUGAAAGACAUCAUUCAACUGUUUUUUCCGAGCCAAUACGGAAUCGUGCAACGUUUGUUCCUUCACUUGAUUUGGUGAGUGCCGUAAUUCGUCAACGUGAUUUUCUUCAAAAAUUCCAGAGACAUCAUUUAUUUUCACAAAACUUGAUCGAUGUAACGAGAGAUUGGUUUGAGCAAAUGGUACAAAAUUAUAUUUCAUUUUUGAAAUUAGCUAUCCAAGGUGAAAUUAUAGUACCAACAUUUGAUAUUGAUUUAAUGUGGCAUACACAUAUGAGAUUUCCAGCAUUUUAUCAAAGAACCUCAAUAAAACUAUGUGGCUUCGUUCUUGAUCAUAAUGACUCGAUCAAUAAUGCUACAUUAGCAGAUGCUUAUCAAAAAACAGCUGAUCGAUGGCGGCAGACCUACAAAGUAAAUUAUGGUGAAAACAUCCCCAAAGAUAAGUUACGCUACUCGCAGUACGUAAGUUCGUGCGCAAUCAUAGUUGCACCAUUAGGUGCUAGUGGAGAUAGUUACGGCGGUGGUUGUGGCGGUGGUUGUGGCGGCGGUGCUGGAGGUGGUGGCUACGGCGGAGGUGGUUGUGGUGGUGAUGGUGGUGGUGGUGAUGGUGGUGGUGGUGAUGGUGGUGGUUGCGGUGGUUGUGGUGGUUGUGGUGGCGAUUAA